GUACAAGUGUGCACGGUACUUUCGAGUUGCGAGGGUGAGUUAUUCCAGGCGGUCUGGUGAGGGAUUAGCUCAUUGUUGUUCUUUUCUAUAUGGCGAAUUAAGUGUUGUAAACAUUUGCCUGCAUGGUUUCCUGCUUUUUUUAACGACGUAACACACGUGAAAAACGUAUCCUACUACUGUAUUACCAAAACUAGUCGUUCUCAAUUCACAACGCAUUAUUACCUCUAGAUCUUUUUGUUUCCGGACUUCUGGAAGCCUCAUCUUAUUGGCGCUACUCGGGCAAAUAUUGCGCUGUGACCAGCCUACUCUUUCUAUAGUUAAUUAUCAGACUUUAAUCAGCCUAGAUAGCAAGAUGAACAAGCUAUUGCAGUCUAUUUCUGACAAGUUGAAACAUUUGGAAUCAAUUGCAACACCAGAUGCAGUAAACUAUGUUGAAGCAUGCCUCAAAGUACAGAAUAAACAGUUGUUGCACAGGAUAAAGUCGUUAAAAGAAUCAGUUAUUCAGCAGGAGCUACUUCUUGGAUUAAAUCAACAACAACUUCAUCAUUUACCCUCUGUUAAGGCUGUAUGCAAUGGUUCUAAUUUGAAUGGAAAUUCAUUGGAAACCGGACAUUUGUCCGAUAAAGGAUUAGUGCCGGAAGCAGAGCAACCCAAACAGAGGACAGAGGUACAAACGAACUCGGUGAAAACUAAAAAUCGGAAUACCGAACGUAAAAUACCAGAUGGAAAGCCACAGUCUGCUGAAAAGCCUGUUGAUAUCGGUCGUCUGGAUCUGCGUGUCGGUCGAAUUAUAGAUGUAAAUCGCCAUCCUGAUGCUGACUCGUUAUACGUAGAGAAAGUUGACUUGGGUGGAAAUGAAAUACGCACUGUUGUCAGUGGGUUGGUGAAAUAUCUACCUAUCGAGUCACUACAAAACCGAGUCGGGAUAUUUCUCUGCAAUCUCAAGCCAGCAAAAAUGCGUGGUGUUGAAUCGGAAGCAAUGCUAAUGUGUGCAAGCUCUCCAGAUACAUGUGGAGUAGAGCCUCUGAUUGUUGAGGGCCCAGAUAUACAGUUAGGUGAUUCAGUCGUGGUUCCUGGAUAUAAUCAAAACUAAACAUCACACUUUAGCUGCUGAUAUUUUUGACAUUAUUUGGUUAUUUAUCGUGCUUAAAAUCAUUCUGAGUGCAGUGACUUAGUGAUUAAUAUUAACGCGUUCUCGUUAUCAUAAUCAGACCUAAUCAUUGAGGCAUACAUAUUUGUAAAUAGUACGUAUAUCUUUCUUAACACGAACAUGUACUUCACAUUCUUUAGGUUAGGGUAAUUCUUUAGAAUCUAAUGAGCUUCCAUUAGCGGCCUUAGACUGAUUUGUAUUGUGUAUUUAGAACAUCUAACUGACUAAUUAUGUGCUUUGUGGUAUGUAAUUGACAUUUGUAGAUAGUUUAGUUGGACGAGUUAUCUAAAUUGUUUAAAACAAAAUAAGGCCACCACAGAAUAUAUGAAGUUCCGCUAAACCAAAUCACAAAGUCUGGUUUGUCUUAAAAAUGACAUUCUCAUCAUACUAAUUGUUUUACAACCUUUCGGACUGUUCUUUAAACUGAUUAAGCUUGAUGAGGAAAGAUUUGAUCAGAAUCAAUGAUUCGCUUAUUUUCGGUAUAUACGUCCUAAUCCAGGCAUCCUAAAUCCAAGUAGUUCUAUUCUAUUCCUUUUUUCAUCUGUGUGACUUUCAGAGUAUAGUACUUAGCUAUGUUGGAAAACUUGACUCUCAUAUUUCUUAUAGUGACUGAGAGGAAAGUUAGUGACACCCAUUUCUCAAAUGAACAUACUUUAGCAAUUUUGGAUAGACGGGAUAUAUUCAAUCUUGGGAUACCCAUUUUUUGAUUAUGCUCAACUACUACAUUGCUGUUAAUUUCUGGACUGUCUUGAUUUUAUUUUUAAUUGACUGCUUAAUUAGUUGAUUUUUCCGUUUUUUCAGACGAUCCUGAUGACCAACUUAAUCCCAAAAAGAAAAUUUUUGAACAAGUGAAACCAGAUCUUAGAGUAAAUGAAAACGGGAUCGCUAUGUAUAAAAAUGUUUCAUGGACACUAAAAGGGUCUUCUCUUGCUGUAAUUAAAUCACUCAGGGUCAAAGACGCUCAAAUAGCUUAGUUGCUAACUAUACCCUUUUUAAAAUAUGCUAAUAAUUAUAUAUGUUUUCGGGAAUUAUUUUUCUUGUUAUAAUCCAACUACUCGGAACUUCUGGAACAUGAGUCAUAAGUAAGUCCUUUAGAAUUUCAGGAAGAUCCUCAGUAGCAAGUAGCUUCUGUCAAAUGGUUGCUUUAAAAUCCGGUGAUAUACGUUUUAAUUGAUUCAAUUUGGUUUAAAGCAUACAUUUUCAGCGACGUAAUAUUAACGAAGAGACAUUGAUGUGUCAUAGUUCAUUUCCAAAUGAAAUUCAAUAGGGUUUUCGCAUUUGUGAGUUUUACAUUACACUUCAUUUACUCAUUGAGUAUCAUCAGAGCAGUUACAUGUCCACUAUAUUUCAGUUAUUUAAAAAUUCCUAUAGAAUGUUCAUAAAAACAUUUUGACGAACAACUGCUUUCAGUAACACUUGUUGUAGACUCUACAGUUAAAAAUCUACAAGUAUUGUGUUACGACGGAUAGCAUACUAGGGAAUGCACUUAAGUUUCCCAUUGAUUUAUUCGAUGUUAUCAAUUGAAAAUAAUAAGUUUUACACCGGUUGUCUUAAGUAUUAGCGAAAUACGUCGAUAGUGAAGUUAAAACAUCUCACAAGAAGUAAGAAAUCAUUUUUUUACUUAGCUUUAGCUUCUCAGUCCUAAUCAGUAGUUCACAAUCGCACGACAAAAGUUGACACUGUCUAGGGGAGAUGUAUCAUUAGUUAUUGUAGAAAUUAUGAUAGCAACAAUUAUCAAUAGGUAUAUCAUGUUACUUACUUAAGCCUGUCACCCCUCGUGGAGGAGCAUAGGCCGCUCACCAUCAUUCUCCAACUCUGUCCUGAGCACUCCUUUCCAGUUGCUAUUCAUAUCUGCUCUCGAUUCUCGGCGAGGUAUGUUCUUUGGUCUUCCUCUUUUC